GAAGAAGGUGUGAACACAAGUCUUCGUUCCAAUGUCCUAGACUUUCACACUCUUGUCAGAUGAACUGGAAAAAAAUCAAAUUUAGCUGAAGUCUCUUCGCUGCCUUUGAAAUCUUUGGAGAGAGACCACCUUCAAGCAUUCUUAAUAUGGGAGCACCUGCUGGUUCCAAUAUGAUGAAAUGGCUGCUCCUGGUUCUCCUGGGGUGCUCCUCUGCCACGGCACAGCCGCACAAAGACCCCACACUGGAUCACCACUGGGAUCUCUGGAAGAAAACCUAUGGCAAGCAAUACACGGAAGAGAAUGAGGAAGUAACACGACGUUUCAUCUGGGAAAAGAAUCUGAAAUUUGUGAUGCUUCACAACCUGGAGCAUUCAAUGGGAAUGCAUUCAUAUGAUCUAGGCAUGAACCACCUGGCAGACAUGACCAGUGAAGAAGUAAUGUUAUUGAUGAGUUCCCUAAGAGUUCCCAGCCAAUGGCAGAGAAAUGUCACUUACAAGUCAAACCCUAACCAAAAAUUACCUGAUUCUAUGGACUGGAGAGACAAGGGUUGUGUUACCGAAGUGAAAUACCAGGGUUCUUGUGGUUCCUGUUGGGCUUUCAGUGCUGUGGGGGCCCUGGAAGCACAGCUGAAGCUGAAGACAGGAAAGCUGGUGUCUCUGAGUGCCCAGAACCUGGUGGAUUGCUCAACUGGAAAAUACAGCAAUAAAGGCUGCAAUGGUGGAUUCAUGACAGAGGCUUUCCAAUAUAUCAUUGACAACAAUGGCAUCGAUUCAGAAGUUUCCUAUCCCUAUAAAGCCAUGGAUGGAAAGUGCCACUAUGAUGUAAAAAAUCGAGCUGCCACAUGUUCAAAGUAUGUUGAACUUCCUUUUGGUAGUGAAGAGGCCUUGAAAGAAGCUGUGGCCAAUAAAGGACCUGUGUCUGUUGCUAUAGAUGCGAGUCAUCCUUCUUUCUUCCUCUACAGAAGUGGUGUCUACUAUGACAAAGCCUGUACUCUAAAUGUGAAUCAUGCUGUAUUAGUGGUUGGCUACGGUAACUAUAAUGGGAAAGACUACUGGCUUGUGAAAAACAGCUGGGGCCUCCACUUCGGUGAACAAGGAUAUAUUCGAAUGGCAAGAAAUAGCGGAAAUCAUUGUGGGAUUGCUAGUUAUCCCUCUUACCCAGAAAUCUAGAGGAUCUCUUCAUUAUAUAACAAGUCAAGAAAGAUGAAACACUUUCUCUUCGAUUUUACCUGCUAAAACCAGUAGAAAUAAGUGUGUCAUGAUCAAUGUAAAUAUAUAGUUUGACUCUUCUACUUUUUUAAUUUUGCAGAUCUUGAAAAAUUUUGCAAAGUAAAAAUUAAUAAUAUAUUAUAGAUAUAACUGUAUGAGAAUUAGUCAACCUAAUCCAAUUUGUCAUUGUCUUAUUUUACCUCUUUGUCUUUUUAUGUCCCCUGAUAUCCUUUUGUAACUUGAUGGAAUAUGCUUAAUAAUUAUCUGUCUUUUCAACUUAGUAUCAUUACCACAUAACAUUCUUUUCUUAUUCUUAGGUAAUAUUAUAAUCUAUCAUGAAAAAAGUAAAUUGUGGUAUGCUGGUGAUGGGCUAUGGCAACUUUAAUGGAAGAAACUAUUAAGUUAUUAAUGUGGCUCAGAUUGUAUCUUUGCACAUAAAAGCAUUCAAUAAAUGUUUUAAAUGAA